UCAACUGGGCGGAAACCCGGCGAAUCCGAGAAGUUCACCAACGCCCAAAAUAGACGUAUUAAAACUACCGAUAAAUAUUUCCAUCGACCAAAAUUCUUGUUGAUUCCUUGUCAUUCUGUUUGUUGGUAAUUGACGAAAUCCAAGAGUUGUGUUUGGGGGUUCUCGACAAGUUAUUUGCUUGAGGAACGUGGCAUUUUACGGUUAGGGGCUUGUGUGUGGAAUUGUCUGCAGCAGUCGUCGCUGACGUUACAUCGCAGCCAUGCAGACAAUCAAAUGUGUUGUCGUCGGUGAUGGUGCCGUUGGUAAAACAUGCCUGCUUAUAUCAUACACAACAAACAAAUUUCCAUCGGAAUAUGUACCCACGGUAUUUGACAACUAUGCGGUGACAGUAAUGAUCGGAGGGGAACCGUACACAUUGGGUCUAUUUGAUACAGCAGGCCAAGAAGACUACGAUCGACUGAGGCCUUUAAGUUAUCCCCAGACUGAUGUCUUCCUUGUAUGUUUUUCUGUUGUAUCACCCUCCUCAUUUGAAAAUGUCAAAGAAAAGUGGGCUCCAGAGAUCACGCAUCACUGUCCGAAAACGCCAUACCUGCUCGUCGGCACGCAGAUUGAUUUACGCGACGACCCCUCAACCAUCGAAAAACUGAGCAAGAACAAACAGAAACCCAUCACCGUUGAGCAGGGCGAGAAGCUCGCGAGAGAACUCAAAGCUGUGAAAUUUGUUGAGUGCUCUGCUCUUACACAGAAAGGACUAAAGAAUGUUUUCGACGAAGCGAUCUUGGCAGCUCUAGAACCCCCAGAGCCACCAAAGAAGAAGAGGUGCUCUCUGCUGUAGGGAGUCCUUCCAAUCUUGAGGUUUUUGGACUUUUGUUUUGUGUUUUUUUGUUUAUUUGUUGCGUACCAUUGUGUGAUAAGGCCUGUCUGAGAGGUAAGAAGGAACACAGCUCUCUGUAGGGGGGCUUACUUUUUCGGCAAAAUCGAUCAAUAUGUCUGUUUUUAUAACGCUCUCACUCAAGUGGAAUUGUUUUUUUGAUGAACAUGGCGGUACAGCUUAAGGUGGUGGCUGAACUGAAAUUGCGGCUUUGGUACCAAAAGCUCUUACUGAAGUCGCUUGAUUCAGGCACGGUAGCUAGUACAUACGUGUUCUUUGAGCCUCUUGUGCCGUGGGGGCUCUAUUUGUGCCUACACCGUUGUAUGACGCAGAUUACAAGUGCGCAUGUUGUUUCUCUCUUUCAGACCUUAUCCACGCUGUCGAUACGUUCUUACUGUGAACACCUUGGGGUUUAAGUUAUACACGGGAAGGCCUCUGCCGUUUUAGCUUUCUCAUUGUUUGGGCGGGGGAAACAAUAAAAGCUAGGAUCUUCCUGAGAAAUUGUUGAUCGAGUGCGGGAAAGAAGGUACCCUUAAAAAAAAAACCGAACGUAGCCAGCCUUAUUGUUGUGUUUAUGCAUGUGGAUUUAUCAGUCCUGAUGAGAAAAGUGGGUUGGGCCACAUAAGCGGCAAAGAUACAAUAACAGUCGUUUGUGAAAGUUUCAGCUGGAAAAAUCUACUCGUUGAGAAAACAGCACCAAAACCUGUCAGUACAUCAAAUCUAACUUUGUUUAGCAAGAUGACAGUGGGUAACAACCGCAUCUCUGGCCGCAGCAUUCAUAAAAAUGCACAUCGCAGAAAAUGUUUAAUCUUCAAAAGUCGCUGAAGGCCAUCUUUAGAGAUUCAAGUUUUCAACAUGCUUUGUUGAUUUCUAAAUCAAUGGGGGCAUUUCAGGCAAAAUCAUUUUGCAGAAUGCUUACUGUAGUCUUUUCGGAUCAUAAUUACACAAUAUGUUUUUUUAGGGUCAUUACCACCCAAGUAUGACCCUACCUUUAAAUCUAAAAAAAUGCUGGUUGGUUUUUUUUAUAAAAAAAAUAAAAUAAUAAAACCCUUUUUAAGUAGAUGUUUGUUCCCAAUGUGAAUUCGAGCGCUGUUGAGAGCUUAUUUGUCGCUGUUGGUGUAAAUUGACGAAGUAAACAAUCUGUGGCAAAAUACAAAAGUUGAACAGUUGGCCAUAGGUCUCCUUGAUUUUUUUGUUUAACGAAAGUAACAAUUUUGUUGCUAUAACAUUUUUGAUAUGUGGUAAAGGGUGUCCCCCAACCCCAAAUGUUCCCAUGACACACUUGUUUCUUCUUGUACUGAAGUUCCCCCUAAAUUCCUCUGAAGAAAUCCUGAGUUUCCCAGAACACAGUGAAAACACGAUAGGAUGAGAGGGGUGGGGGGGGGGGACGGUCUGGGACAAGCCACCAUGCCACAUAUUGAGCUUUAAAUGGUUCAAGAUAGAGCAUCUGUGUGUGAAAUAAGUCUGCACAGCUCAAUGGUAAUAAAGUACAUUGCAACCUAAUAAAUAUACCGAAUUUCUUCCAACCUGACCCCGGUUUCAUUCUGAAGCACAAAAACUGGCUAAGCAAAACAAAAUUAUGCUUACCAGAAUAAGGUAACCAGCCAAACUACUGUGUCACAUGUACAAUUUGUGCCUGGUGUACCGCUCAUUUUAGCAGACAGUUGUUGAGCAUUAUUUUCUGCUGAAGGAGCUCUAUGGAAUUGGGCUUAGUACCGUGUCGAUCCUUUUCUCCGCUCCAUGGGUCUUCAUCGGCAGGUGGGUUACCCAAUAAUUCCACUGGAUGUUGAGUUUUUGAUCAGAGGCGCAGAUUAAAAAGUAAAUUUACUACCUAGUUUUUGAUCAUGUUGUGUACAGUUUGAAAAACGCAAAAAAGAGUGAACAGACGAAAGUAAAGAGUUUUGCCACAGUUCAGUGUAGCUUCGAACUUUGAAAAAGAGUAAACUUAAUCUGUGCCUUUUGUAAUCCGUAGUGGUCAAAGAAUUUUCCAUAUUUCCUGUUUGUCCUUGAUUACACUGAUAUGUAAUAUAAAAUAAUAUUAGUAAUUACAAAAGAAAAACAUGUAAAAAAAAUAUGAUGUAUAGUUUUUUUUUUAUUUGGUUAACUUAAAAAGCUUUGAAGGGGACUUGGUAGAGAAGGGUGGUAGUUUGAUUUAGGUAGAAGAACUUAGAGUGAAGCGGAGAAUUUUAUCAAAAUGUCCCAGUAAAAAAAAUUCGUAUCACAAAAAAAAUCAAGGUUUGUAAAAGGUUUUGUAGUCAGGGAUGUAAUGUGCAUUCUCUGGGUUUCGCUACCGUAGUCGUGGGAUGAACACAGAUACUUCGAAGCAAAAUAAUAAAAAUUAUUAUUAUAAGUAUCUUUUCUGGUAUUGGACCAUACAUGUACAAUCCUUGGAAGUGCGUAGCACUUAAAUAAACCCUUAGGUAUGUAAGGUCUGAAGACACCUUGCAUCGAAGGUCUGAAGACACCUUGCAUCAGACACUUGACCAGAAAUCCUGCAGCCGAUUUCACGAAACGAUGGGAUUGAUCCUAUUUCGAGUUCGGAAGAGUAACUCGCCCUAACUUAAUAGGAUAGGUUCAAUGCAUCCUAAAGUCUUUGGUUACUACGUGUAGUCCCAAGUCCUAAGAUCUAAGAUUUUUCCUAAGUUAGGAAGAGUUUGGUGAAAUCGACAGCAGGUUCUCUCUUUAAGAGACGUACAAUCUUAGGAAGCAUUAGAACCCUUUGCGCUUAUGGAGGUCAAACAGCGCCCUCAUUGAGGUAAAAACGAAGACCCUAUGGCCCAUAAGCACAAGCACCAUCUUUAAAAUACACUUCAGUGUAUCUUGGGAAACUGAGUACAGCUGAAUAAGAAAUCGAGUUGCAAAGAAGGAUGCCUUGCUGUAGGUUACUUGUAAGUAUGCUAGGUUUUUGCAUUGUGGACGAUGCGCAUUGCUUCAAAAUCAGCAUUACGUGAUGGUUGUCCAUGUUACUUUGACUCGCAUUUCACUCAGAAUCUUUUGUUUAGACAUGUGCAUUGUGGUGCGAGCAUAGACCCUUCCCAUGAAAUAUAUAAGUUUGCACCGCUGUGCGUGCGCACAAACAAUAUUGGUUGGCGAAAAUGCGGGAACAUCAUGCCUUUUUAUAUUUGGCUAAUGGUGUUGCAUAUAUGUAUUGUGCAUCUGCCAAGCGCACAGCUGUAUGGUGUUUGCCAACCAAUAGUGUUGUAUGCAUGUGUGUGUGAAAGUUGUAAGCAUAUUUCAUGGGAAGAAAUUUUUGGCGGAGAGUUGCGUGGCAUAGACUUGUGCGCCUUUUCAAUUGUUUGCCAUCCGAGAUGGCUGCCCAUACAAGGGAAAUCUGUGUCAUAGAGCUGUAUACCAAGAAGUCUGCUAAGCAUUCAUAUUUUUUGCUUUAUAGUAUUAGCAGGCUACCGGUCACUAUCCUGCUUAAAUGUCAAUGGUUCAAACCCCGGGUCCAUGUGAUUUUUUUGCUUAGCUCAGUUUUACUUACUAAGCAGAUAUAACACAGAUAACUUCGAGACUGAAGCAUGUUUCCGAUUUCAUAAAACUGUUUAGAAGAGAAAAAAAACAAGCAAUUUUUUGUGUAAAUCCCUUCAUAGGAUGCAUGGUUAUUCUAUUCUGGUAGGUAAAGCUGUUGAUGCUAAGCAAGAUUAUCCUGUGCUUAGCAAACUUAUGGAAUCGGGUUCUUGAUGGUGGUAUAAUCCAAGUUAAGUUUGUAAUACUUAAUAUUAUUGAUCAGUUGUAUAAUGUAAUAUAUAUCCUUGCUAACCUUAUCCAAGUUCCUAAAGAAAAAUGUAUAAAAAGAAAAAAGGACAAAAAAAAGGAACAAUAAAUGCAAGUGAAUUUGCUUUGAAUAAAACUAACAUGUAGAACAUUA